GGAUCAGUCCCUGGAGGAAAAGGCGUUUCGAUCUGUUUCUAUAGUGAAGGGCGGUGAUCAGAAAUGGCCUGAGAUUUGCUGAAAGCUGGAAGGCUGCUCUAAGAACUGUUUGUUUCCGAGACGUCCGAGCCUUAGCUAAUUCUUGUGGAGAGGAAGAACCAAGGGCGGCUUAGCUACCUUGGUCUCCAUUAAGUUACAGCUCGUUCUGAAGCGCAAGUUUUUGAGGGCGCGGGAUGCGGGUUCUCCAGCACGAGGGGACGGAGCGUGAUCGGCUGUAUGACUUCUCGGCUCCAAGCAACGAAAUUCAAAUAUCAGAAGAAGAAACUACAGAGGAGGUCGAGAAUGAUUCUGCCGCUGCCGCAGAAGUCGUCUACGUUGCCGUCGGGGAAGUUGUGAAGGAGAGCAAGAGGAACCUGCUAUGGAGCCUUGAGACGUUUAGAGGAGCUAAGUUUGCGAUUCUUCACGUCCACCAACCUUCUCAGAGGGUCCCUGGUCCAUUUGGAGGGAAAGUUCUUGCAAGCAGCUUGAAACAUGCAGAGCUGGUUGCGUAUAGGCAGAUAGAGUGGGAAAAGGUGAUGGACGACAUCAAUCAGUACCUAAAGAUAUGUGAUCAGUCAAAGGUAGAAGCUAGCCAUCUAAUUUUAAGGUCGGAAACUAAUGUUCAGCAGGGGGUGGUGGAAUUAAUUGCUAGGCAUGAAAUUAGCAAACUUGUCAUGGGAGCAGCUGCUGAUCGAAAAUAUUCAGAAAAAAUGAAGGUUCCAACUUCAAAGAAAGCGGCAUAUGUCAACCAGUAUGCCCUGCCAUCUUGCCAAAUAUCAUUUGUCUGCAAGGGAAAGCUUAUCUACACUCGCGAACCCUACUCAAAUGAACAUAGGUCACGAUCAACAUGCUUGUCACCUGAUACUGGGACUAGUACUUCUGGACCUACACCAUGUAGAGGUAGAUCUACAAGCAGGUCACCAAGCUACCGGAGAUCACCAUGGUCAAAAUGGUUGUCUACCCGUGCAGCCAGUAACCCGAACUUCAACGUAAGACCAGAAGCAAUAUCAAACAGUGAUUCUGGUAGUUCUCCAGCUUCUAGGUUGUCUAUCGAGAAUGCAAUUCAGCCUUCCCAUAUGGCACAUUCAGUGUCAAUGGAGAAUGGUAAAGUAUCCCAGCCAGUGCAGUUGGUUCUGCCACUUGAUCAUGGUGCUGCUUGUACUGAUGUUGUCGAGGAGAUUCUGGAGAACAAGGAAAUACAAGAAAUACUUGAUCUCCUAAAGAAAGCAGCAGCAAAGGUGCAAAAUCUGAGAAAGCAGGUAUUUCUACAGUCCCAAGACUCUCAACGAUGCCAUCAAGCAAAGCAGGAAUGUCUUGAUGUCAGACAUACUGCAAGAACUGCUGAAAGAGUACCUGUAGAAGAGAAAAGAGGCAGGAAACAAGAUGAAACAUUACUGCUAAAAGUGAGACUUGAAUUGGAUGAACUUGUAAAGCAGCAAGGAAAUACAAUGGCAGAGUUGCAGAAAAUGUCAACUGAGAAAUCAUCACUCCAAGAUCAGGUUGCAGAGUUGAACAUUACAAUUGCAAUGGAACAAGGAAAGAGAAAAGAAACAGAGGAAUCACUCUCUAAAGAAAGGCUGGAGUUUAAACACCUAGCAGAACAACACCAAAAAAUGAAAGAAGAACUUCAAAUUGUAUCAAAGGAGAAAUCUUUACUAGAAUUGCAAGUCACCAACUGGAACGACACAUUAGUCAAGACAGCAACAAAGUUGCGAAAGGUGCAAAAUUCGCUCGAAGAGUUGGAGAGAGAGAAGGAAGUAUUACAGAAGCAGAAAGAUGAAGCUGUUAGGGAAAAGCUAGACAUGCAGAAGCGCAUGGAGGAUGCUAUCAUGGAGAACUUGCUUUCACAGACACAGAAGGAAGAUGCCCAAAGAGAAAGGUUAGAGAUGGAAAAAAGGUGUGAAAAGAUUCUUAAAGAAAAGCUUCAGAUGCAGAAUCAGAGGGACAAUGCCCUCAACCAGGUUAAGGAGCUCCUCUCCACAAGAGAAGCUCAACAAGGGGAGGCCUCCAGAUCAGUAGAGAGCUUCAUUGAGUGCUCCAGUGCAGAAUUGGUGAAGGCCACAGACAAUUUUAGCACUUCAAAUAAGAUAGGAGACGGGAAUUUUGCUUCAGUCUUCAAGGGAAAGAUCUGCAACUCCACGGUUGCAAUCAAGAUGUUGAAGGCAGAGAAGAUGUUGUGUCCAUCCGACUUCCAGUCAUAUGUUGACAUUCUAAGUUGGAUAAAGCAUCCACACCUCCUGAAUGUGAUUGGUGCAAGCACUGAUGCACUUGCCCUCAUCUAUGAGUAUCUUCCUAGCGGGACCUUGGAAGACUGGUUGAACAAAAAGGAUGGGACUCCACUGCUACCAUGGAAUAUUCGAACCAGGAUUUUUGCAGAGAUUUGCUCUACUCUCCUCUUUCUGCACUCCCUUGGUGCAGUUCACGGAAAUUUAGACCCCUCCAAUAUCUUGCUUGAUUCAGAUUUGCAUGUUAAGGUUGGUGGUUUUGGCAUUGCACGUGUGCACGCAACUCUCGAUGAAGCAAACAGUCAUUACAGGGAUCCUGAACUGACUUCCCAUGACUUGCCAACAUCCAAAUCAGAUGUUUAUUCCUUGGGAAUUAUCAUCUUGCAGCUGCUUACUGGGAAACCUGCACUGAGGAUAGCAAUGUACGUGCAGAAGGCUGUUUCAGCUGGAAGACUGCAUAUGAUCCUUGAUCAGACAGCUGGAGUUUGGCCAUUCAUUGAAGCUGUUGAGCUUGCGAAUCUAGGAUUGAAAUGUUGUGAAGUGUUUUGGGAGGGCCGGCCAGAUAUGCAUUCAGAAGUCUGGAAGGUGUUGGAGCAAGUGAGCAGUACCGCAAUGGAAGUAGUUGAUAAGCCUACUUCCCUCCCUCGGCAGGACAUUAAGGAGCCACCUGCACAUUUUGUUUGUCCUAUUUCCCAGGAAAUCAUGCAAGAUCCUCAUGUGGCAGCUGAUGGUUUCACCUAUGAAGGAGAUGCAAUACGCCAAUGGUUUAACAGUGGCCACAUGACCUCUCCAAUGACCAACCUGAGGCUUAGCAAUUCGUACCUUAUUCCGAACUAUGGAUUGAGGUCAGCAAUCCAGGAAUGGCUUCAGAGAUCUUGAGUGGUCAUAUUUUCUUUACUUGUGCAGCUUGUUUUCUGAACUGAAGACAGCUUCCUGGGAUUCAGCUAAUUAUGUCAGAAGACAAGGUAAGAAAGAAAAAGGUGCAUUGAGGUAUGAUUCACACUAGGCUUUCAUUUUCAUCCAUGACAGUCAGGAAGAGAUGCUGAUGGAGCUUUCAGCUCCAUGCUUGACCAUGAGGUACGAAGUGUACUGAUUUUUAAACAGCUGAGCUUGCUGUAUGAUGCCAACAGAUGGAGCAUAGAGGUGCUCGUGGUCUUUGAUUAAUCACAUUACAGGUUGAAGCUGAGAAUAUCUCCAAUCUCUCUCUAAUGAGGCAUCCAAGACUUAGUCUGCACCUAUUCCAAUUUAUUGAGGUCAAGGGCUCAAAUAGAGUCUCUUUGUGAUUUUUUUUCUCCUGAUUCUUCAGAGUGUUUAGGCUUUUUAUAUGUGCAUGAACGGUUACAACUUGUCUCAUUCUUAUUUGUGUUUACCCGAGUUGGGGUUUCAUAAUAAAUCGCAUAAUGUAUAUACUCCAGUGAAGUCCCAUUAGCAUUAAUGAUGCAUCUUCUCCUUGACUGUCAUGGAGAUCCUUACUGUAUUGUGUUUCAAUGUAACAAUGUUUCUCAUGUUUCAACAAGUGGAUGAUCCAUAUAUUUGUUUA